UUUAGAACUCCGAGACACAAUAUUCUGUUACAUUGUAGCAAAAUGGCGACUGUCAUUCACAACCCCCUGAAAGCACUUGGGGACCAGUUCUACAAAGAAGCCAUUGAACACUGUCGCAGCUACAAUUCCCGGCUAUGUGCUGAACGCAGCGUCCGUCUUCCUUUCCUGGACUCACAGACAGGUGUAGCUCAGAAUAACUGUUACAUCUGGAUGGAAAAGAGGCACCGGGGACCAGGAUUAGCACCAGGUCAGCUCUAUACGUAUCCUGCUCGUUGUUGGCGCAAAAAGAGACGUUUGCAUCCUCCUGAAGACUCCAGGCUGAAGCUACUGGAGAUUAAACCUGAAGUUGACCUGCCUCUGAAGAAGGAUGGCUUCACAUCGGAGGGGACUACGCUGGAAGCGCUGCUGCGUGGAGAAGGGCUUGAAAAGAAGGUAGAUACUAAAGAGGAGGACACUCUACAAGAAAUCCAGAGGGUUUUGGAAAAUGAUGAAAAUGCAGAUGAAGUGAAUGAGGAGGAAGAGAUGGAGGAAGAUAUUCCAAAGCGAAAGAACAGACCCAGAGGACGGGCUCGGGGUUCUGGAGGUGGCAGGCGAAGGAAUGAUGUUUCUUCUAUGGACGACCACGAUAAACCUUACGUUUGUGACAUCUGUGGAAAGCGCUACAAGAACAGGCCAGGAUUGAGCUACCAUUAUGCUCACACCCACCUUGCUAGUGAGGAGGGGGAUGAUGCUCAAGAGCAGGAGACACGCUCCCCACCUGUCCACAGAAAUGAAAAUCACAAACCCCAGAAAGGACCAGAUGGGGCCAUCAUUUCCAAUAACUACUGUGAUUUCUGCCUUGGAGGAUCUAACAUGAAUAAAAAAAGUGGACGACCAGAGGAACUUGUCUCAUGUUCAGACUGUGGGCGAUCUGCUCAUUUGGGAAGAGAAAGCAGGAAGGAGGAGGCAGCGGCAGUGGCAGUGGCGGCGGCAGCAGCAGCACACACUACGGAGGACUUGUUCGGUUCCACAUCUGAAAGCGACACCUCAACUUUUCACGGCUUUGAAGAGGAUGAUUCAGAAGAGCCUCUCUCAAACCAGAGCAGCAGCUCCCCGUCCACAAAGAAAAAGGGCGGCUGCUAAAAUAACUAAUCACACACAAACUCUAUGAGCUACUUCCUGCCCUUUUUGCUACGUUUAUUGUGGCUGUUGCAUCUCUCUCUCUCUCCCCCCCCCCCCCCGUUAGACCCAUUUUCACUUUUGGAUGUGUACACUGAAAGCACAACAGUAUAUAUAUUUUAGAAAACUUCCCUUCUCUUUUUAUUAAGAAAAACAACUGCAAGUUUUUGUUAUUUUAUUUUCACGAUCAUUCAUGCCCCUUCUUUUCCUUACAACCACUGAAAUGUAGACGUCUUUAACAAAUAAGUAGUAGAAAGCUAAUUUUCUGGACUUUUAAUAUAUAUCAGCCAGAUACAAAAAUAUGAGUACAGAAGGGUUGGACACCAGGAACCCGCCUCAUAGAGUGCUUAUAUAUUUAUUUAUAUAUUCUAUAUAUUAUUAGAAAGAGAGACGUUUUGAGUUUAAAAGAAAAAAAAAAGCAAUGAAGUCUACUUGAUAAUCUUAACUACAGAAAGAGAAACCGCUGUGGUAUGGAUAGUUCCAGAUGGAAAGGAAACUCAAUCCCUUGCCAGUGUGACUUUUGCACUGUGAAAAGUUUGCAUUUACUGUAGCACACUGGAUUUUGUGACUUCCCCCUUCAUAUUCCUGCUGUCCUCACCUUUAACAGUUUGAAAAAUAAAAAGGCAAGGAAGAUCAACAAAGAACAUAAAACUGAGGAAUUUCUUGCCUCCUUAUUUUGGACACAUUUGUCGUCUGUAAGGAAUGCUUCAUCUCUCCCCACCUUGGCAUCUUUUUCUAGCCACUGCUUUGUGUUUUACGUUUCGCUCCUUUACCUUCUACGUUGUGGAAAGACAUUUCCAAGCACAGGGAUGGAAUACAACCAAGUCACAGAUUCUGCAAAAAUGAAACAAAGGAUGUGAACCUUGAAAAGAAAUGAAAAGGAAAAAAAAUACCUCACGUUUCUUUUACUUUUUAAAAAACAAAACAAAAACCCCAUUUAGUCUUAUUUUUGAUAGCUCCUGUUGAAAUAAACCAAAGCAAUACUCGCCAAUCUUCAAAGGGCAGUAGAAAAGACAGAAUCUCUCUCAUUCCACCACCAUAGAGCUGAGCAGCAGGAUUGAAAGGUAUGUUCCAAAAUGAAGUAUGUUUCAUUGUUUGUGAAAUGCCUGUACAGUACUUAAGUUUGUCCCAAACUAUUCUGCAUUCUUGUUUAAAGAGCACAAUGCAGACAUACUGGCUAAGUUUGGGUGGUCAUAUCAAUUUGAAAUUGCUUUAAUAUCCUGGCUUGUUCUGGUUGGUAACCAUAGUUUCCUGGUUCAGGUGACACAAUAAACUAUGAUUUAUUAGAAGCUUCUCUUCAUUGCUCAUGCUGCAAAGGGAAGAGCAAAGGGCUAGUAAAGGUGGGAUAUGAUUAUCAUAACUGGGCCAGCACUCAAGUAUGGUUAGCUUAAGAUCCCCAAAGUGCAGCAUGGAUAAGCACUAUGUUUGUGUUGUGUUGUGUUGUGUGAUCUUUAGUUCUGACCUAGACAAUUGUAGAGUUCCCGAGAGGAAGCCUGACCCUAAGAUAGAUGGAAGUUUGAAAAAAUGUCAUGGGGUAUAUAUGUAUGUGAGGUGUGUGUGUGUGUGUGAUCCAUAUUUUAUAUUAAUGAUUGUUUCCUGUUAUUAUUCUACGAGGGCAUGUUACUGCUUGCUGUCCCCUUAAAAUAGAUCAGUGAUACUUUGACUUAACAUAGGAGGUUCUUCUCUAGGAAGGGCUGGGAAAUAUCCCUAUAUGCCAAUCAGUAUACACCAGCCUUCCCCAACCUAGUGAUUUCCUAUGAUGUAUUGCAACUCCCAACAGCCCCAACCACCAUUGCUGAUGGGAAUUUUAGGGCAAGACAUCUAGAGGGGUCAUAUUAUGGAAGGCAAUAACAAACUAAAUGGGCCAAGGGUCUGACUUUAUACUUCUACGUGCUUUAAUUGAUAAUAGGAUUAUGAUCAGACCAUAUCUUUGUGUGUUACAGUACUCCCAUAUAUAUCAAGGUCCCAGCAACAGCUAUGUACAGUGGUGCCUCGACUUACAAAUUUAAUCCGUUCCGAAGGCACCUUCGUAGGUCGAAAAAUUCAUAAGUCAAAAAAUGCCACUGGAAACAUGAUUUCCCAUAGGAAUGCAUUGGAAACGGAAAAAUACUGUAUGUAAGUUGAAGCAACCCUAUCUAAAAAUUCGUAAGUCGAAAAAUCCCUAUCUAAAACCGCCAUGGUUUUCCCCCCAGAUGUCGAGACAUUUGUAAGCGUGCAGCCAUUACCCCCAUUCGUAAGUCGAAAAAUUCGGUUGUCGAGUCGUUCGUAAGUCAAGGUACCACUGUAUAUAUAGCAUCAUUGGUGCUUGAAUGUUUGCAGAACAUUCUAGAGUGAUAAAGCAAGAACUGAGAAAAGGCGGCAGCAUUUAGAAGGGACUUCUGGGAGGCAAAGUUUUUUGUGGGAUGUGGAGGUGAAGAACUUGUAGCCUAGUACAGAGCAGUCCUAGGGAGCGUGAGUUUGAACUUGGGUUGUGGAAGCACCACCCUUCAUUUAAUAAGUACAGAAAAGAAACUGUGCUCUGUUUCCCACGAUACAUAAUCUCAUUAUUGCAAGAAACAGGGGUGCAACUUGCACCAUCUGUUCCAGCCUCCUGACUUGAUAUUGCCUUGCGGAAGGCGAUUCUUUUAAAAUGAGAUUCAGAAACCAUACUAAGUACACAAGUAAGUGAGAAGAUUAAGGAUUUUAUUCUAAAACAGCAAGCAACGUAUACAUACCAAGCAAGCAUUUCAAUCUGCCACUUGGAAGCCCUCAAGAAUGGGCAAAGUGACUCCCCCAGGUGGCCUCAGUUUGCAUGGCCCUGUGGCCGAUCAGUUCAGGCACAAGCUUCAAAGAAACUGCCCAAACAGUCCAAUUUCAUAGAUAGCCUGUGUAUCUAUGUGCAGACCAUCCCCUCCCAACGCCUCACUUUCUCAAAACAAUGUCCAACAUCAAAGAAGGCACCCAGCAUUAUCCUCCACAACUGAUUAAGGCAGCUGUGUGUGCACCUCCUCCCAAUGUUCUCAGGCCAUUAAAUACUGUUCUCACACCAUCAAAAACUUAAGAACGAGGGAGGGAGAAGGAACAGAUGCAGGAAGGGUAACCAUGUCAGGUCAUUAACUCCUCAAUACAUUUUGUCUUCCGGAUGCAUUUCCCAUACAGAUAUCUCCCAAGGCCAAUGCUGUAGAGAUUCCUCCUCCUCCUUUUCUUUCUUUUUUGGCACUAUCGGCUGUUUUCUCACACAAAUCAUUGAGUUACGGAGAGCAGUACCUCCUAAUACACCAUGGAAGUUAAUGGCAGAUAGGUGGUAAUCUGAACACUGCAUCCUCUCCUAAUAUUUGCCAACUUGAUAAAACAUAGUGCCUAAAAGCACCCCAUUUUAACUACUGUGAUUGUAGCAAAAAUAAACUUAUAACUAUAUAUAAUGAGAUGGUCCAUAGUUUCUGUGUUGGACACCCAUGUGGUGAGGGCAGUUUCAACCCCCCAUCUAUUACUCAUUGUUGGAAGUUGUUCAAAUUUACUGUUUUUCAGCCUGUGGCUGUAGUUCCAUAGAUACAGAAAAUCAUUCCUGCUAAAGCCUGGAGCAGAUCAGAUAGUUGAUAAGCAUAGCCUGUAGAAGGGACACCAUCUGUGCUAAAUGCCUUCUGUGCCUGCUGUCAUAUCUGAAUCCGGCAAAUCUUCAUGAGAGGCAGGGACAAAACAAAAUUUUCAAUCUGAAAGUUGGAAUAGGCCCAGGUAUGGUUCUUUGGGAAUUUUGCUCAUUAUAGUAAUAUCUGCCCUCUGGAUGUUCUGCUCCUAGGUGAAUGAAAGGUUACAGCAAACGUGCAAAUGGAGAACCCAGAAUGGGAAAGAAAAACACCAGACAGUUUGGGUAGGGUCCAAAUGAUAAUGCAGCCCCUUAGCUUAGCAGUAGUAUAAAGUAAUCCUACCUCAGUCUGUCCCAAGAGAUAGCUCACAGCAAAAGUAAUAAAAAGUAUUUCCAGCAACUUGCUCUCCUUGCAGCGUUCCUACGCAGAUUAAGUUCUAGCCAAGCAACAGGGGUGGAGGCAAAGUUGCUAUAAACACAAGGGCAUUUUAUACUUUAGAUUGUGCUGAGUCACUCUCUGACUCACUCACAAGUUUGCCGACUCACACUUAAGCAGCUGCAGGUGUAGGACAAGCACACCCAGAUCAACCCUUUCUUGUCCUUUUUCUCUGCAUGCAUAAAUCCACAUACACUAAUAGUAUUUCCAUAAGUGUGGUGUCUGUUAUUUGCUGUAAAACCCCAAGUAUCUCAGCUGUUAGGUAAAGGUAAAGGGACCCCUGACCAUUAGGUCCAGUCGUGACCGACUCUGGGGUUGUGCGCUCAUCUCGCAUUAUUGGCCGAGGGAGCCGGUGUAUAGCUUCCAGGUCAUGUGGCCAGCAUGACAAAGCCGCUUCUGGCAAACCAGAGUAGCACAUGGAAACACCGUUUACCUUCCCGCUGUAGCGGUUCCUAUUUAUCUACUUGCAUUUUGACGUGCUUUCGAACUGCUAAGUUGGCAGGAGCUGGGACCAAGCAACGGGAGCUCACCCCGUCACAGGGAUUCGAACCGCCGACCUUCUGAUCAGCAAGCCCUAGGCUCAGUGGUUUAACCACAGCGCCACCUGGGUCCCCUGGGUCAGCUGUUAAUAAACCUUUAAAAUCUCCAUGGUUGUGCAGAUAUGGUUGAAAACACAGACUGGGCCACAACCCAGCCCAUACUUAAGCCCAUUGAAAUAACUUGCUUGAAGUACACUAAUUAAGUAAUGUAUUGUAGGUACAAAUGGAACCACAAUCCAAAGGACUGCAUAAAUAGAUUUCCUUACCAAUAUACUCCCAGUCAGAUUCCCACAUUCAUAAACUCCCAUUGUUGAUAUUUCCAAUAUAUUUUUCUCCUAUUACCGCACCUUUUUCCCCUCUCUUUUUGAAAAAAAGAGAAAGAAAAUACUGAGUCAAUAACAAAGGAUGCAAACUAGGUUCAUUCAAAAUAAUCAGUUUACAUAUGAGCAUAGAAUUUGAGUUAACUUGGUGAAAUAUUUGAAUUUGGCUGGUGCACAGUAUGAAAAUCCUUUCUUACUCCUCUUGGUUUCAGAAUUCAAUAUUGUUCUUCAGCAAAUGUUUCAAUUAUGAAGUGUGAGUGUGCCCGUGUGCCCGUAUAGAGAAUGGUGAUGGUCGUGUGAUGUACUUUUGUGAGAAGUAGUCAUUGUGGCUAUUUUUAGCAGCUCAUAGGCCGAGGUGUUGGUGUCAAGGAUAAACUGCAAGUUUUUCAUUUGAUUCCAACAUUAAACCAACACAGCUAUGAUUGCCAUUUAUGGUUGGCAGUCCUUAGGUUUGUAGUCACAGAGUUGUCCUGAACUGUAGCAUUGCCGUUCUUUGUUGCAGUGAAGUGUAUAGUGCUGGCUUUAACAUUUGCUCCUAGUAAUGUCUAGAGGCAAUAAAGCACAGGGCCCCUACACUUUAAAAAAAAAAAAGUUGGAGAGUCAUCAGGAGGAGUUUUCACCUCAGCAGUCCUGUGGCCGGUCAAUAUAUACGGUACUUGCUGAAAUUCACUCUUCUGUGCAACUGUUUCAGGCAUAUGAGCACUUCCAUUCUUGUUUGUGGACUCUAUUCAAUAGGAAUACUGUAAACUGAAUGUGCAAAGAGCAGCAGACCCCAUCCCAUUUGUUCUGCCUGUUGUAUGAGGCUUGCUUUUUUAGUUUUCCCUUUCAUUGCCUCUCCUUCUGCAGAUAACGGUCCUGCGCUCACUUAAGAUUCUGAAUCCAUCAUCCUUCAAGAAAACUGUUGGAAGAAGCCAACCAAGAAUAGCCAGGAUGUUCUGAUCUUCCUCUCAUUGCCUGAUCCUUUCAUACCUGUGUCUCAUCCCACACAGGAGCCUGGACUGUGGAACGCCUGCUGGCACUUGCUCAGAGAAGUCUUGGGGAUUCCCUAAGCUUGUGCAAUACAAAGAUACCCUUUCCAUUUUAUUUUAUUUUUUAAAAAAAUCCCUUUCUUUUAAAUGUUGUAUGAGUUUGUAAGUGUGUGCGUAUAUAUAUAUAUAUAAAAGCCCAGGUCAAACUAGAACUGAUUUACAGUAGAAGUGACUGAAAACAACAAACAAAUGAGAGAGAUAAAAACCUUGACAAAAAAUAGAACAAGUUAUUUUAUUUAUUUGAAUAUUUAAGAGAGAAAAGUAGUGCUGAUGUUGCACAGUAUUUUUGUUUAAAAUGCAUUUUACUUCAAAAUUUAAAAGCAAUUCUUGUGAAGAGGGGAUUUUUCCCUAGAGUGCUUAAAUGUAAGAUAAAGACUGACUAUUUGCUUUCAGGUUAAUUUUUUUCUUUAAGUUAUGAAAAUAAAGAUAAACUCUGCUUUCUCUUACUUUAAAGAUGCCAUUCAUACACACGCUGGGUGUUUUGUUUUUUGUUUUCCAAACUGGAUGUGGUAAGUUUUAAAGUUGUUCUGGCUUAUUUUCCUGAAUGUCUGCUAAUGUUUCCUGCUUGGAUGUAUUGUAUUAGGGCAAAAGUCAAAACUUUGAACAAAAUAUUUUGGAAAUGAAAUGCUGGGACUUGGACAGUUGUUGUAACAAGGACUAUAAGCACAGUCUCCCCAGCACUAUCAUCUUACAGGAACUUUGGGUGUUACCAGUUCUCAGCAAUAAUGCCACUGAAACUAGGUGCUUAUAAAAUAGAUUCCGUUGUCUGAAAAGAAGUUGCUUUCCUGCGUGGAUUAUUCCACUCGAGACCUACCUAUCAGCAGCUAACAGCUGCUUGCUAUAGUCCACAAAUAAUGUAAGCAACUAAAAAAGAAGCAACCAGGACAAUACAUCUGGAGAGAAACCUUUUUCUCUACAACUGUUCUAAGAGGCAUUUGAAAUAAUAUUUGGGAAGAGGCAGAAUAUUAAAAACAAUCUUUCCAUGAAUAGUUUAUACAGGCAGAGUUUAUACAGUUGGAUCUAGCCACAGGUCAUAGUUCUCUCUAUAGUAAUUUGUUAGGACCAACAUGUGAUAGCUGGUGCUUAUAUGACAGCUUUUAAAGAGUGAUCCCUACCUAUUCUGGGAAGGACGUAUGAACAUGACUCCAGGCUCCAAUUGAUCCAGAAUAGUUCCUGGGAAAAUCCAAUUGGAAAAGCCAUUCUGAUAGAACUUUUCAGUGGAUAUUUGCUUACCAGAUGAUGUCAAAAAGUUGAUUGUGUGAGCCUUCGAAUUGUACUGUGCAAUGUACUUCUAUGCACCUUUACUUGGAAGUAACACUCGCUGAGUUAAAAUGUGACUUACUCCUUAGUCAGUGUGCACAGGAGUGCUUAGUCUGCUAUACGAUUUGGUUUUGAGUAAAGGUAAUGACACCAUCCCUAUACGAUUUAAACCUGAAGCCUUCUCCUGAAAUUCUUAGAGCGAUCCUGCUCUAAGAGGACUGAGCAAACCCAGCCAUCAUGCAUUCUCAUUGAGCUUGCUCAGGAGUCCAGGGGAGUGAAACCACUUUGAAAUAUACAACUGUACAGCAGUGGUGCUAUGAAUUUUGCAUGCUCAGUUGUUCUUUCAGGGAUGCUGGUUAUGGGGGCAAUGCAGAAUCCAGUCCAGAAAAGUAUCAGACAUGUUCAACUCAGUAGGUCAAAUCUUCAUCCUAGGGUCAAAAGUGAGGAGCUGGAGCUCCAGAACACUUGCACAUUAAAAUCAAUGGCAGAACUCUUAUUGAGCUCAGUGACAGAAGACCCAGUUAGACAGUCGCUUCAGUGAUUUCCCUUGGAAAUCUGCAGACUUCCUUAUGCUGCCAUUAAAAACAAAUGUUCCCAUUAGAUACAAAAUGCACAAACUGUACUAACUUGUGUUUUGUGUUCAUUUAAAAUCAACUUCCAAGGCGCCUCCUGUAUACUUCUCUGUAAAUAUUUAUUUACCCAACCUUUUUUUAAAGGAAAAAAAUUGUGAAACUGCAAUUGUUGUACAUAGUUUUUAAAGGUCCUCAUUGUUUACAAUGCUGUCCUCCAUACCGAAAAUAAAACUUCCUUCUCUACUUAUUUUUGUUUGCUUUCCCAUGUGGUAAAAUAUUAUUUCAGUUUUCAAAAAACAAACAAACAAAAUGCAAUGUCUAACAUACCUUUUUUGUUUUGUUUUCCAUUGUUAUUUUGACUUUGUUCAUAGUCAUAGUCAGUGGCUGCUGUGAAGGUAGAGAAGAGAACAGGAUGUGCAAGGCUACCUUAUGUUGUGUCUAACUUUUUGUCCGUGUAGCUCACUCCUGCUAUCUACUGUGGCAGUUUGACUGACUCCAAGGUUUCAGGCCAAGGUCUUUCUUAAUGGGAGAUGCAUGGGGAAUUGAACAUGGGGCCUUCUGUAGGCAAAGCACCUACCACUGAGAUGCAAGGCAAAACUACAUGUUCCACUGGGCAUGUAAAGAAAUAGCAUGGUUAAGCUGACCAGUUUUAUUUUGAAGAAAUAAACCUCCAAAAGGCCAUUUAAAAUCCAUUCUGGGAGCUCCCAGGUCCAGAUUAGGGUCCCCCACUGGAUUCCCACUGAACCCCCAACUACUGUUAACUCAAAGAUUCUGUCAAUCACAUCUUCAGGUGCAACUGGGGAGAUUCUCUGUGGGAAACUGGCUUGGAGUCCCUAAAGGCCGCUUUUCCUUCAAAACAAUGCUUGUUCAAUAUGAUGUGUAGUCUGGCCCUUCCACAGGUGUCAGCCCCUCCCAGCCGCUCCCGCAGUAGCUUAUGCACGAACUACGGUGUGUGUGUGUGUGUGUGUGUGUGUGUGUGUGUGUGUGUGUGUAAUAUAAUAGGGAACCAAGGGGCAGAAUCCUCUGGAGAAAACUGCACGAGAGUUGCAUGCUACAGCUAUUGUACAUUCCCAUAUACAUUCAUUUCAGUGGGCUUUCAGAGCAGAACUUCCAGAAGGAUUGUGAUGAAUCCUUAAAGGUUUAAAGCACAAUGAUAAUUGCUUAGGAAUGCUUAAGUCUUCAUCAGUUAACUAGGAGAACAGUAGUCCUACUGAACUCAGCGGGACUUACCUCUGAAGCAAACAUGCGUAGGAUCAGACUGACAAGAAUCAAACUACGCAUUUGAUUUCUUUUGUAAGGUCGAUGUACAAUUCAUAGAAACUUUAAAAUUAGUGUGGCAGCCUGAUCAGUAGUAUAUAUAAUGAAAUGUAAAACCAAAUAGAAUCCUGCAGUUGUUCCUCUCUUAAUGUGUAUAUAUGUGUGUACACACACACACACCACACACACACCACACACACACACACACAGGCCAUAAAUUGACCUACAGUUAAUGUACACUUGAGCUCCUUUCAGAUUUAAAUGCAGUUUGGUGUGUACAAAAUAUAAGCCCAUUGCUACACUACAGAGCUCCCUAUGAAUAGGAACUUCCAUUUCUUUUCCAAAAGAGGAUAACUACCAUGUAAACCAUUUUGCUAGCAUCUCUUUAGUCUGGACUCUAAAUCAUGUUAGAACUAAUCAGAAAGCAAAAUAAAAUUAUUUGAAUCUUUAGUUGGUGUUAGCGAGAGUCAGACAGCUCAGUCGGUAGAGCAUGAGACUCUUAAUCCCAGGGUUGUGGGUUCGAGCCUCACAUUGCAGGGGUUAGACUAGAUGACCCUCGUUCCCCUUCCAACUCUAUAAUUCUGUGAUUAUAUGAUUCUGUGUUGUGAUUAAUUGAAAUCAUUUGGUUUACAUAUUUUUGCCCAGUUGUGGUACACUCUUGCUCCUGAGCUGGAAGCUGCCUAUGAAGCAUUAAUAGCUCGUGAUACUGCUUAUUCAGUAUGAGAAUGGGGAGCCCUGCUCAAGUACCUUUAACACAGAAAUUAGGUAUUUCCCCAUCUUGUAGCUCUUGCAAGGAAAUGCCAAAUAUACCUGCCAAAUAUCUCUGUGUUAAAGGUGCAUGAGUUUCAACUGAUUUUGUGGGGUGGGAUGGAAAAUGGCAGGGAAAGGAAGUAACUCUUAUUUUUAUUUGUGGCAGAGGCUGUUAUAACAGCAUUAGGCAGAACCCAAUUUUUCUAUUACCCUGAUAUUUUUAAAACUAGCAUAAGCACUAAAAUGUGAAUUUGAUAAACAACCCUACAAAAUAAGCACCAUAUUCAGUAAUACCAAAUUCUAAAAAUUCCCCCUCCUCUUUCAUGAAAAGCUUCUAUAUUUCAGGAUAGAAACUCCUUUAACAGCACUGUACUCAAUAUCAUUAGAAAUACUUGACUGGGCUCCAAUUUAAAGGUCUGCGCUAGUACUGAAUGACAUGCAGAUGAGGUCCAGCUAAAAACUGCUACAGAAACAAAGAUUUAUAGUAAGUACAGUAAAACGAAUGACAGUUUGAAGCAGCCUUUGUAGCCAUUGCUUGAUGUCAGAGAUGCAAAACUUUGGAAAUUAUUCACAGGUGUUAGUCCUUUCUGAUCACCUUGUCUGAUAGUUCUGCCUAGCAAAAGAAGGUUAUAUCUCCCCUGUAGAGUUGAGAUUUAACUACAGAAAUGUUUUUGUGUUUUGUUGUAGAGGCGAUUAUUAUAGUUCCAGUUCAUACCAGUGUUCUCAUCAGGGCUUUUGGCAAUACUUUAAAGUACAGUUUGGUGAAAUGGUGCUAUUUUUCACUCUGUCACUGCUAUGCCAGCAUUAAUAGGACAGAUGGGUUGAACUGUACUUUAAUCAGCACAUCUUUCCAAUGGCCCCUUUGUAGAUAUAUCUGGUGAAAUGGGUUGAGUGGUUCCCCCCCCCCAUGCCCCCAGUAUGCCAUCAGAACUAUGCCAAAUAUUUCAGGACAUGUAGCAACCUGAAAACUUCUUUCCUCAACUCUGAUAAGACAUGCUUAUACAUUAUUCAUUUCUCAGUAGCGAGUUCAGUGACUUAGACCUCUAAGUCUGUUAUAGAGGCCCAAUUUCCUACACACCAUCCAGCCUUUAGGGAGAUCUAUUUGAUAACUAAUUUCAAAAGUUUUAAUGUGCCCUGAAAUCCUUUCUUAACUAGAGUUUACAAUGCAAUCCCAACCCCCCAACCCCACCCCUGGUAGUGCAGCAAUAAAAUUGCUAGCACAUUUGCAAAGCUAAGCAGGGUCCAGUAUGGUUUCAAAUUGGAUGGGAGAGCACAUGUUCAGAUGCCUGCAUUGCAAGGGGGUGGGACUAAGUGACCCUUAAGGUCCCUUCCAAUAAUAAUAAUUAAUAAUAAUUUUUUAUUUGUACCCCGCCUUCCCCGGCCAGAGCUGGACUCAGAGCAGCUAACAUCAUAUAAAUAAUACAAUAUGCAUAAAAAUAAUAAUACAAUAUGCAUAAAAACAAGCAAUCAAUCGAUUAAAAUGCAUCCCAAAAUUGAUUCAAAUAAAUUAAAGUUAAAGUUAAAACUGGACAAAUGACAAUCCUCAGGUUAAAAUUGAAAGUGGGUAAUACUCCCCAGGACCAACUGUUUCCACUGACAUUGUAAGGACCUGUGAGCGGGCUGGGAAACCUCCUUCGUGCUUGUUCUUAUACAAAGAGAAAAUGAGUCAGACUAAACCCUGACAAAGGCCUGGCGGAACAGCUCCGUCUUGCAGGCCCUGCGGAAGGAUGUCAAAUCUUGCAGGGCCCUGGUCUCUUGUGAGAGAGCGUUCCACCAGGCCGGGGCCACGACCGAAAAGGCCCUGGCUCUGCUCGAGGCCAGUCUAAUCUCCCUGGGGCCUGGAAUCUUCAGGGUGUUGUUAUUUGCAGACCGUAAAUGAUUGUAUUCAUAUCUACUUAGAAGUAAGACCCACUGAGUUCAAUGGGACUUUCUUCCAGGUACUGUAAGCAUUUUUGUGCAGCAGAAGCUGCUCUUCCAUAGCAAUUCCGCCUGGUAUAAAAGUGGAAUUCACCGCGUGCUUGCAACCUUUUUUCUAUAGUAGUACCAGGUACAUUAGAAGCAAUCAGUCCUGAUACGGUUUUCCGAACUUCAGGAUGAGCUUCACAGCCCCAGCCAUCUAUUUGCUAAUGGCUUGUGCUAAAUGCAGAUCUUGAGGAUCAACUGCUAGUACAGAACUAAACAUGAUAACCAUAUCUUGCUAAUGUUUGUUCUGUUUCUAAUGGAAGCAAACUAAAUUGGUUCUAAUUGAAAAGAAAAGGAGGGGAAAUCAAUAGAUCAUUCUCUUUAAUGGGAAGUUAAAUUUUAAACAUUGAACUCACAUCAAGUGGUUGAAAUAGUCUCUGAAGGUAAAUAACUGAGCAGAACUCAGCAGAGAAUCUUCUUAUUUUGGUUCGGCCUUUAUUAGACAUGGAAAUUAGAAUAGUACAUUAGUAUUACCAUCAGGUGUCAGCAGGAAUAAAUGUAAAAGGCGGAACUAUUGAACAGUGCGUAUCUGUGCAUGACACAAACAGUUAAAUCAUCAUGUGCACAUGCUAGCUAUGUGUAUUGCUGUACUUAGUUUAGUUCUCAGUUUACUAAUUAUGGGAAAUUAUAAUCUUCCCCCACAAUAUAACAUAAAAUGUCACAGUAAAAAUUGUUUCUGAAGUGUGUUGCUUAGUACUAGAGUUGAUAGUAAACAAUAUAUCAUUUUCUAAGAAAGAAACUGCUAGAAAAUUGGAAAUAAGAUCUCCACCCCCUGCUUAAAGGCACCCAUUCAAAUGUAUUCCUAUCAUUUAAUAGAUCAGCUGUAUCUUGUCAAGCUUCUUCAGAGCCCAUGGGUAGAGAUCCCUCCGAUGAAGAGUGUUAGCACAUGGUCUUUGCAUCCCUUAACGUUUUGUGUAAACCUACAGACUUCUCUAUCUUGUUAAAGAUAUAACUGCAAAGCCUUGUGCAAUGACUCUGAAUCGAAAGAGGAUACGCUGCAUAGCUGCCAAGUUAUCCCUUUUUUACAGGGAUUUUCCCUUAUGCUGAAUAGGCUUCCUCGCGAGAAAAGGGAAAACUUGGCAGCUAUGAUACGCUGUCUAAUUCCGAAGGUAUGUUGACACCAACCUUCUCCAACCAGAUGCCCUCCAGACAUUUUGGACUACAAUUCCCAUCAUCCCUGACCAUUGACUCUGCUGGCUAAAGCUGCUGGCAAUUGGAGUCCAAAACCACUAGAGGACCUCAGAUUGGGGAAGGGUAUUUUACACAAACAAAUAAAGGUUCAAACAACCUUAACUGCAACCUCCCCUGGAGCUGCUAUACGAACUCUUCACAUAUGUUAUUCCAAGUGUUUUCAGUUCAGUAUGACUCACUGACACAUUGUUGACCUGGUUCAUAGAAAAUGUGAUACACUUGCUCACAUUUGGAAAAGCUUUCUGACAGUAAGAGCUGUUUGGCAGUGGAACAGACUCCCACGAGAGGUGGUGGACCCUCCUUCCUUGGAGGUUUUUAAGCAGAGGUUGGAGGGCCAUCUGUCAUGGAUGCUUUAGCUGAGAUUCCUGCAUUGCAGGGGGUUGGACUAGAUGACCCUUGGGUCCUCUUCCAGCUCUUAAGAUUCUACAGUUCUACUGUAUUGAAUCUGCUCUCUCUCAUAUUUAAUAAGCAACCGCUAAAUAAUCGUAGGAAUGUAAUGGAAACGCCAAUGUAAGAGCCAUAUAAGAUCUGCACAUCCCACGUCCACAUAACAUCUAAUAAUACAAAAUUAAUCACACUAUUCCCUACAAACAGGAUAUAUUUAAUCAUAAAAAUAGGCAGAUUGUCAAUUGUCAUAUUUCUUUUGUGGAUUAAGAAGAACAUUCUUCCAGUUACCCUACCUUGUUACCUCUUCCUCCUCCCAAGUUUACAUAAAUAUUUGAAUUAAUGCUAGCUUUUUCCGAUACAGGAAAAGCCACUACAACAAAUCCCUUUGUUUCUUGUACGUACAAAAUCUGUAGACACGAUGCAAAAUACCAUAAUGAAACAUUAUGCUUUUCAAAAAAUACUUGAAAAGACAGAAGAUUCAGUAUCUGGGUGAUCUUUCGGUUUCAGAAGGUCGUUGGGCUAGUUCCAGGUGAGAGUGAAAUGAUAGAGGAUGCAUUUGAAACUUUCUCUUUCAUUCAUCAACAAGAGAAGCCAUUGCAGUACAAGGGCAUAGAUUCAUUCUUUGUAAGUAUUACCUUAAAUCUGUCUGUCUGUUGGGCAGCACUACAAAUCAUGCACACACAAUGCUGCCUGUUUGUACUAACCCAGUAAGGAUGAGAGAGAAGCUUUAUUGCAUUGCAUUAUAGCUUUAUAAGGAAGUUUAAAGGUACAUGUGUAGUUUGUGGGAAAUGGUGUUGUUUAUUAAGUAUUUGGGGGCAGGGGAGGGACAACCACAAAUUCUGCUACCCUGAAUUUUGAGCGUACCAUGACCAUGUCGUUUUUGCUUGGCUGCACAUUUUGAAAGGGUUAGUGAGCUUGCAAGUUGAUUGAAAGCUCUGUGGUGUGUGAACUGGCCCAGGCUGAAAACUUCCUGAGGCCCUGCAGAAACUGAUUCCCCUGAUGAAGUUUGCCGAGGGUGUCAUGAUGGGUGAAAAGGGGGUACAGAGGGAGCACCCCCUUGUAGCUCUUGCAUUGUGGUAAUUCACCCAGCCUGUCUUUCCUUCCUAUCAACAUAUUGUUUGUCUGCCCUUAGCUCAGCAGUCAAGUAUAGCAAAAUGCCCUUGCAGAGAGGUACAUUCAGCAUGAAAGAUUUGCCCAGAGUAAGUUAAAUUUUAUGUACUUUUGAUUGGUAGUACCGGUAUCUUAUAGGUUGAAGAGGCUUUAUUUUCAGGGCGCUUACAUGACAAGCUUAAAUUCCAGUUUUACAUAUCAGUCUUCCUGCUAUUAAAUCCCCUUGCUUUGCAUGAAGACAGGUUCCUUCCCUGUUGGGAUUGUUAAACUGUCUAACUGCCUUUGGCAAUUAGCAAUUCAUUCCCCAUAAUGCUUUGCUUAUUGUAAUAUGUACUGAGGGUGUGUGUGUGUGUUUAUCUGUGUUUUCUGGAGGUCGCAGUGACCUAAUUCACCCCCAGGAAUUGAACAGCGUUGGGCGCCUUAUCUAGUGCAUUAACAAGCUGAUGCAUCAAUAUAAGGUCAUUUGAGUGCUUCCCCAGCAGAUUUCAUAGGCAAGGAGCAAGCAUUUCCCCUAGCAACUAGGAAUGUCAGAAAGGGGCAGUUUGGUAAAAGUUGAGGCAAUGCACUAGGUAUUUAGCCUGACAAGGAGAAUUAUAAGGAAGCCAUGUUAUCAACAGAUCUCAGGUUAAGGCUCCAAUCAAUAAUUACUGCAUGCUUGGGUCCAGGUGUCAGCCCUGCAUCUUUAAUGCCUUGGUGUUUGUUUGUUUGUUUUUUAAUUUAUUAGCAAAGGCUCUUCAUUGUCAGGAUACUGAAGGUGAGACAGUUCUUGGGUGUGUAACUCAGCUCACAUGUUAGCUGUUUGGCAUUUCCGAGAUCGAGACCAGAAAAGCCUCUGCCAUUAAAGUUGGAUGGAUGCAGGUUUUGUUUACCUUUGUACAUGCACCUCUCUGUUCCUUACAUUUUGUCCAGAAGUGCAUCCUCUUGCACUAAUCUGUUUUCCUCUUUGUGACUUCUUCUUGUGUGUUCUGUCUUGUAAGGGUUCCAAGAAGGGUAACAUUUUGAACUCUGCUACUGUAUUUUUCUCAAAACCCUUGAUUCAUAUCCUGAGGAUCUGGUUCUGUUGGGAUUACCUCCAAACUUCUGUGUAGUGCUAGGUGUUUUAAUAUCUUCUCUCUUUCCACUUCUCUCAGUUUCUCUUUCACCACUCUUUAAGUUCGGGUUCUUUACAUUUCCACAUCACUUAUUUAUUUUUUAUUUUAAAAGCCCCCAUGAAAAUUCAGCAACAUUUUAAUGUGAAUUUAUCCGAAUAUACACAUUUUUGCAAAGCCAUUUCCCCUUACACAAUGCAUUUUUGUAUGCUAUUUUCACUAGUACUAUAUAAAUUUUUAUGCACACCACAAAAAUGCAUAUUUUUGUACAUGGUACUUGGCUGGAAAAUUGCAUUGCAAAAUUUGGAGAAGUGCAAAGGAUGGCUGUAUUUCAGUUUGCAUACUGUUUAGAAAAGCACACAUUUGUAUUUCUUGGCCUUUCCAAUCUUGCCUUUACUAUGUUAACGAAGCUUAUUUAUAGAGGAUGAAAAGUCAGCUUCUCCCUCCUCUAUGUCUGAAGUUUCAAGAAUUUUAGGUGCAACAAAGAGAUGCAUUUUAUUGGGUUUUCCAGUGAAAAUAUGGCCAAUAUUCCUACCAUGAAGUCCUAGUUUCAUGUGCAUAGUUGUUUAAUGCAGGGAUCUUGCAAUGGGAACCACAGUGGUUGAUACAGAAAUAGAUGGUUGGUUGCAUUUUGGCAUGGAGCUGUGAGCAAUCUUGAGCUGUUUAAACCCUCCAACAGGGAUGUCUUAGAUAAAGAUGUCUUAGAGCAGUGGUUUUCAACCAGUGUGCCUUGGCUCGUCUCCGUUGGGCCACUAGGACUGGGGACAUCCUCUGCCCAGGUCCCUGUGGGGCAGCAUGAGGAGGCACCUUCCUUUGGGGCAGGGGGGAAUGUUCAGAGACUAGGGGCAGCAGCAGCGGCUGCCUGGAGGACUCCCAAGGAGAGGGGAGAAAAGAGGAGGCUGAGGGAACACUCUACAAGGGAAGGUUUCGAAAAGAGGUGAGGGGCUGCCAGCUCUGCAGGCAAGGGGUGACCUAACUGGGCUCCUGAGCCCCACAGGGGUGCCGCGGAAAGAAUGCAGUUGGUCAAGGGAGCCGUGGACUCAAAAGAGGUUGAAAACCUCUGUCUUAAAGAAUGUUGUCUUCUAGUUCUAUAAAGCAUAACUACUUUCCCCUAAGACUGACACAUCAUUUUACAGGGGUUGCUGUGAUGAGGAUUCCUAGUUUAGCUCUGUCUUGAGCCUUCUUUAUCUUUGCCUAGGUGUCAAAGUGAAGAACCCAGGUGUGAUGUCUUGUUCCUUUAACUCUUCAUCUUAAAGUUUUUACUUUAAGAAGUUUUACUUCUUCUUUGAUUCUCAGUUCAGUGAAAAGGAAGCUUGCCAUGGUUGCUGAGCUCUAGCCAAAAUUUAUAAUACAUGUAACUCAGCAAAAUGUAUUUACAUACAAUGUAUUUCUUUUUAAGCCUGAGUUUAAAAUAUAAACUAUAAUUAAAACAUGAACGAUCACCGAGCAGAAGCUCCAACUAACCUCUUGCCACUUAAAGCUCAACCAAAUAGUCACUUUGGCGAGUAUGAAUGGAAAAGGAAUGGCAUAAGAAUGGAUCAUGUUCACAAUACAUCCCUUUCUUCUGAGAGCUUAGUAUGUCACUUUAUAAUAGGAAUUGAUGUGCAGAUGGUAUAGUUAAGAUGCCAUGAUCAUGGAGAUAUUGAUAGGACAUAUGAGGAUAGUGCGGCAUAGUAUGUAGGGAAAACCUGUCAGUAGUGAGUUAUGUAUUUGAUUUUUGAAUAGCUUUGUAAGUGUUGUGGUAAAGGUAAAGGGACCCCGACCAUUAGGUCCAGUCACGGACAACUCUGGGGUUGCAACACUCAUCUCGCUUUACUGGCCAAGGGAGCCGGUAUACAGCUUCUGGGUCAUGUGGCCAGCAUGACAAAGCCGCUUCUGGCAAACCAGAGCAGCGCACGGAAACGCCGUUUACCUUCCCACUGGAGCACUACCUAUUUAUCUACUUGCACUUCGUGCUUUCAAACUGCUAGGUUGGCAGGAGCAGGGACCGAGCAACGGGAGCUCACCCCGUUGCAGGGAUUCAAACUGUCGACUUUCUGAUCAGCAAGCCCUAGACUCUGUGGUUUAACCCGCGUGGUAGACACCUAUUUGAUCUGAGAUGUAAGAAUAGCAAAUCUAAGCAUUUGAUCUAUUUAAAAUAAAUUAUCCGCUAACUUUAAACUCAGACACUAACAAGCCUUUGAAAAGUUUGUUCUUUUUCUCCUUCAGAUAUGUAAUGUCCUUUCCCCACACCAUAGUGGGCCAGCAGAACGAACAGAUUUAAGUGCCACACGAUGGGAUAGGUAUAUAUGUAUAUAGUUUUAAUUUUAUCAAUGUUUAAUUGUUUUUUAAUGAUCGUGUUUUCUUUGUUCUUAGCAAUUCUUGUUUUUAUCUGUAAGCCAUCUUGUGUCCUGUCAGGGCAGAAGGCGGAGUAUAAAUUAUUAUUAUUAUUAUUAUUAUUAUUAUUAUUAUUAUUAUUAUUAUUAUCUGGUUGUGAGUAGUUCUCGCAGGAUCAAUUUGGUGCUGGGUGCUGGCAAGGAACAGGUCCAACAACUGCUCUUGAUAAUAUAAUUGGUAAUUUCUAACACUAUUAAUAGAAAACCAGGGAAUUUCUUGUAACCAAAAGAAACUUUCAUUAUCUUUUCAUCAAACCUCUGUGCACUUAACUGCCUGUGAACUGUAAGCAUCAACAACACAUAAAUUGUUUCUCUUACUUGAAAAAACCAAUAACUUAUUCUAUAAAUGGAAGCUGUCAUGUCACAAAUCUAUUGUUUCUUGAAAUAUUCUUAAGAGGGUAGAUCGAGGCUCUAGGUGGGGUGGAGCACCCCCUGACCUCGUGUCAACUGUGGCCCCAUGUAGGGGUUCAAGUCCAAAGCAGGAUUUGUUGUGUGAAGCAUUGGGAAAUAAAACUGAGCCAAAUGUGAAAUUGAAAGUAUCAACACAGUUACGAGAAGCAGAUACACAAAGCCAUGUGUAAGGGGGACUCCCUACAGGGAGCCAGCCCCCAUCAUCCUAACAUCCACCUCGCCAAGCACAGGGAGCAGUAGUGGGUCUGAAGCAGCCAGGGGAGAAGGGAGAGACUCGGAGGGAGAGAGAAGCCAGUACGCAGAACGAUGGGAAAGCUCAGGGGAGGAGAGAUGUAGGCAAGGGCUCAAGGAUUCCACCGCCUUGAGCAGAAGGAGGCUGAGAGGGCAUCACUCCUUCCGGCACAAGAGUUAAGGAGAGCACCGCAACGCAGGUCAAGGGGGAGGCGUUUUGGGGUGCCCUGACUACUUUGCUGGUGUAGAAACAGACGUACACCAUUGCUGGAUUCAGAUUUGGAGAGAGAGGUCAUGUUUUAAGCUAUCUCUGCACUGUAAAUACUUUGCACAAUAAAAGUCUUUAAAGACAAACUGGACUCAAGCGGAGUUACUCUAGAGUAGCCACGACGACCCUCUGACACCAUGUUAAUGUGGCAUGUAUUGAUUUUACUGACAUUUUGUAGGACAGGUCAUGAAGAUGGUUGGGUCUUACACAGAUCAUUAAAAUAGUUCCAAAAUAAAGGGAUAGCACAGCAUGGCCAACAUAAGCUUAGCUGUGCUUCUGUUUUCCAUAACAAAAGAGCACUUGGAUCCUUACAAAUUGAAGAUAAUGAUAGUAAUAGCAGAACAUUCUAAAGCAAAACUAAAGUAAGAAAUAAUGGGGACGAGAAUGGUGAUUUGGUUGGAUAUAUUUAAAGCCAGGGAAUUCUAAAGCCCGAUAAGAGAAUAGCAUAUGAGUUAGAUAACCCACGGGUAACCAUUGUGAACAUUAGAAAUUGCAAGGGUACUGACUAAUGUUUUGGGAAUUAAGAUUGCAAAAUUACCAGAGAGAAGACCAUCUCUGAUAAACAAAUCUUUCCACUACAGUGUUUAGACUUUGUCCGUCACUGACCAAUUGUCCACCGAACUGGGUAAAUAUGAUUUACCUCAAGAACAACUUGCAGACCUGCUGAGAGAGUAGCAUUAAGUUUUCAAAUCUGUCCUGUGAUUCAGGAACCCACAACUAUUUGAAUUUGGGGUUAAAUUUGUAAUCAGGACCUGUGCUUGUGGAUUCUGUUUAGAAAACUACCGCAAGUAGAAGAAAGAGAGUUCAGAGGGAAAGAAUGCAGUCUGAGCAGUGACUGUUAAAAAUAAACAAAUAAAAAAUAAAAAAUAAAAGUCUUCCAGAAACAACACUAUAUAUCAGGAAUAUACACUGGGAACCUGAUACUAUUCAAACAUUAUUGGACUCCACCUCCAAUCACCCCUGACCAUUGACCAUGCUAACUGGGGUGGAGGGGAGCUUUUAUCCAACAGAACCUGGAAGGCUACAGGUUCCCUUGCUUCGUCGUGUAGCAUUUGUAUCUUGAUCCUGUAGUUUUUUACACAGAAUAAACUCCUGCCGAGUUCAGUGGGUUGUACAUCUAGGUCAUGAAUUGUUUCCUGGAGUUUUAAUUCUGAAACAAGAAGAGAGCUAUCACUUUGUUGUUGUUUAGUCGUUUAGUCAUGUCUGACUCUUCGUGACCCCAUGGACCAUAGCACGCCAGGCACUCCUGUCUUCCACUGCCUCCCGCAGUUUGGUCAAACUCAUGUUUGUAGCUACGAGAACACUGUCCAACCAUCUCAUCCUCUGUCGUCCCCUUUAAACACAAUUAAAUCCUGGGAAGUCAAUUGGCCUACUUUUGGUAGUGACUUUGUACUGUCCUUUAAUUAUUGGAGCAUUGGAGGCUGAGCUGGUAAUGGUAUUGUGUUGACUCUUAAAUUGCACAAACUGGUUUUUCAUGACUUUAGUGUACACCCCGCCAAGGUUUACACUGGAAAAUAUAGCCACCGUGUAUCCUAGGGAAGCUGUUCUGUGAUUACAUGCUCCUAGUUAGCUAGAUGAAAGGCCUUAUAGGUUGUCCUAAGAGAGGGACAAGAUCAGGGAAGGGCAGAGACACAGCACACAGCUAAGUUUUAUUGACAGCUUUUCAGCAGCAUUGAGCUUAGGAAGCUGCCAAGACAAGGACAAGGGUGUAAAUGCUGAGAUUUGUAUUUUGAAUGCUGGUUAGCCUAAACUGGGCCUUGAAGCUAAUAUUAGAAAUACAGUAGGGGCUUCCCAUUGCCAUCCACUGGGGGAGCGGCUUUGCCAACCAACAUAGACCUGGUCCAAAGGUUAUUUUAAGCCAAAUAUUGGUUUGUUUUUGGUUACAGCUUGUGGCUCCAUGAGCGUGGGUUUGGAGAACCUUGGCUUAGCUCAGCCUAGUCCAGUGUAGCAGCAAAAAGGACCAGGGAGAGGCAAAGUGGCUGCAUGCUGCUUUCUGGAGCCUGCACAUUCAUUCAUGUUAAGCCAAGGUUUGUCUUAGUAUGAAAUGUGAAUCAGGCUACACUCUGCUUUACUGUAGGUGUGGCCCAUCAACCGUUGACCAGUUAAAAUCCAUAAUGGCCCUCAAUUCCCAGUUACUCAAAUGCUGAAUAUGGGGGUGUACCAAUGAGAAGAAAAUACCAACCUGGAGUGAUAUCCUGUCUUUACAUUCUUUGAGUUUUCCUCCCUGAAGUCCACCUAACCUAAGCACUCGCCUCCAGGCUGCUGUCAUGCAAGGCUAAUCAGAUGAGGGAGCUGCUGUCUUAGGUCCUAGAGCUUCCCUCCUGGCCCACUUGGCACAACCUCAUCUUUGUUGCAAGGAAAGCCAUUUAGUAAAAGGGGGAGGGGUAGAUAUAUUAUUAUUUUUUUUAAGUAAAUGGCCAUUAUUUUUUCCUGAAGUCAUUAGGGUUGUUGUUUGGAGGGGAUAUUGAUUUGCUUUAAGAUGUCUGGUUGCUGUGGCUGUGCAUAUGUGGCCACAAUUAAUCUUGUGGCGGAGAAUUCGCUAAUGAAGAAGCAUAAAUGAGCUGUGUUAAGGUCGUUAGUGGUCAUUGGAUGUCUGCAUACAGCAAUUGCUCCUGCCCUUAAUGGCAUUUCUGGUCAUUAAGGUUUCACAAUUAAUGACAACCGCUCUUUUUAAAUAUGUGUGCGUGUUGGGAAGCAAGCUCUUCUUCAAGAAUUCCAUCUGUUUUCUCUCAGAUGUGUCUGACUUACAGUAUUCUUUUAGAAAGAAAUCCCUUCACAAAAACCUCUGUUUUUAAUUCUGGGGCUGCUGUAAAACAAUGGUGAAAUGACCAAUGAAUCCAGAGAUGAUUGCAAGCUAGGAAACGGUUCUACUUCAGGGCUGGUUCUACUUCAAAACAGCUGACUGUGAUGAAGAGUUUGCGUUUUGCUGGAGAUUCUGUGUAAAGAAUGUGCAUGGGCCUUUGGUGAAAGAGGACCAAGGCAGUAAUUUCUGGGAUUCUUGUUAUGGGAUGCCUGCCAAUGAGCGAACGACAAAGUGAAGGGAAGUGCACAGAAAGGAGAGCAAGAUUGGGGAAACUUUAGGGAGCGCCGCAACCCCAGAGAAGGUCACGACUAGACCUAAUGGUCAGGGGUCCCUUUACCUUUUAUCCAUCCCCAGGUCAUCCCCCAAUUAGGACUCUUAAGCAAAACACUUCAAAAAUUUCAAGGAAAGCAAACAAAGAAUCUGAAGAAGGAAACAUUUCUCAUGGGGAUUUCACACAUCCUAAAUCUCAGUCAGCUGAAAUGACUAGAUAAAUUGUUGUUUGUUGUACUGGAUAGUUGGACAGCUGGUAGAAAAUUAAAACUAAUAAUAAGGGAAGUGCCUCACUGAGAUAGGAAGGGCCCUCCCCUCAACUGUCAUUUCAAAUGUCUCCCCUGCCUGUCCCUCAACUGUAAUGUGUAAGUCUCAAGCAUCUUUCUUUUUUUCAGAUCAGUCACAUGAUAUAAUAAAAAUGAAAAUGAAAAUAAGAAAAAUAAAAAUAAUUGGCACCAACAGACACGUAUUUCUUGUCUCCCCAUAUACUGUAGUUAUUAUGGGUUGCAAGGCUUACAGACAAUUAUGAACCUUGUAAAUUCCAACACACACGCACGCACGCACGCACAAACAAACACAUACACCUGCCUUUAAACAUUCAUAACAAGUUGUUAGUUCAGUGCUACUGUGUAUUGUGAGGGUUUCCUUUUUCCGCUCUUUUUUAUUAUUAUUUAGCUUGGUAGAAGUGAAUUGCUCCACCAGGCAGACUUCCAAUUAAUCACCAAGUGCUUGUUCAGGAGAACCUACCCUGAUGUCAUAGACAAAAAUAUACAGAAUGUGUAACUCAGAUCCAGCCUGAAGUAAUAUCCUACUGCUCUGGGUGACAUAGCAGUUUUGCAUUGUUGCGUUAAACUCAUGAGGACCAAAUUAUACAUUUAUUUUUUCCCCAAAAUAUCUGGGGUGGGGAAGAGAGAUGGAUCACAGUUGCAACAUGUUGUGGGGCCUUAACCCUUCCCCUGCACAUGAUGGCUUUUGUCCAAAUCACUGUUCUCAGAUCUCUUAUAUGGGGAGACGCAAUCACAGAUCUCCCAUUCGGUGUCUGGUUUAGCAGUCAGGCCCACCACUCUUUGACAUUACAAUAAGCUAUGUGUACACAGGAAUCGGUGGGACUCCUAACAUGCAAAUUACAUUCAAAACCUCAUAGAACCGUCCAGGUUCAAGAUGAGUGGGCAUACCCAGACAAGUAGAAGAAGAGGGCUGGUUGAAUGGCUAGACUUGAGAGGAACAAAUGCAAGGUGGCACCACCGAAAUAGCCCAUGCAUGGUCAUUCUUGCAAACAGUUGUCUAGAAUUGGCUGCUCGCUAGGGUUAUACUCAUAAUAGCUUCAAGUGCUCACCUUAGAAAAUAGAAUUUGUGGAGGGGAGACAACAAAAAGACAAUAGAGGCUGUUCCGUGGCCCAGAAGUGGUCUUUUGAGUUUGGUGGCUCUGCUCAGAGGCCUAAACUAGAUGUGAUAUGCAGUGGUGCUCAUGUUUCCCUUGACCUUUUUGAAGACCAAAAGCAGCCUUAGGAAGUGAGUCUGAACAAAGGAAUGGCGGGUAGGAGGAUAUGCUCAAUUCUUUUCCAUCUGUCAUUUCCCUCCCUGCUCAGUCUUUUCCAUUCCAGCCGCUGCUUCUCCACCUCCGUGGAAAAGAUACAGGUGCCUUUUGUCUCCUUCCCCAUGAAAAGCAGUGGGGGGAGUUGGGCAGAAAAAUGGAAGAGGGCGAAAGGCUUAAACAGCCUCCCUCCAGCCCAUGAUCCUUGAACUUGGAGCCUCUUGAGUCUACUUGUGCUUUGCAGGAAAUACUAAGGGACAAUACUGGUGACAGCCAGCCACAAUGAGACCGAAUAACUUCAGAGCUGAGCCAUUAUCCCCCUAGGAGUUCUUCAGAAUCCUUUGAGAGACUGGAAGAAAAGAAAGGUGAAUGCUGUCUAGCCGCAGCAUUGUGCAGAAAUACAACAAGAGUGAGGAUCAAUUCUUCGGGAAUUUUCACUGCUCCUUGUUGCUGCUCCUUGUAACCACGUUCAUUUUGAGCACAGCUCUUAUGCUGAUUGAUUUCAUUCCAAUCAAAAGUCAUUUCGUCCCUACCCCUGCCCAAUUGCUAACGACUGCAAGUCUUAAGCCAUGCAAAUACUUGAAAUGACAAGCUUGUCCUGUAGGACGCCACACGUAUGUCCUUUGCUUACUUUUGCACAUGUGCAUUUUGGAUGCAUGUCAAAACUUGGGAGUUGCUGAGACAGGGAUGUAAAAGACUGCUUGUGAGAGAUGAAUAUUGCAUAUAUGUAGGCAAACCUUGGAGGGAUGGGAGACGUGGUUGAGAAGGUGAUUGUUGUCAUUAUCUCAGUGGUCUACUGUUGUCUUUCUUGUUUUGCAGAAGGAACACUGACCCUACCUUUGGUUUGUUUGUUUGUAUUUCCCCCCUCCCCUCCAGAACCCCCCAUUGCUGAUCCUGCUACCGUAGUCCUGCUGUUUUGCAAAGCUGGAAUCGACACGCAUGUAGGGGAGGGGGCCAGAGUCCCUGCAGCUGUCCCCAAUAGAUGUGACUGUUAUGCUAGCUUUCCUUCGUUUAUUCCUUUUGUAGAUUAUUUUUGGUUCUGGGGGUCGUUGGGAGGUGUGUCCCCCUCCCCUUUUGUUUGUUUGAUCCUGAAAGGUUAGCUGUGCAAUUUGGUUUCUUCUGUGCGAACCAACCUUGGGAGUGCAGAGCUCUUAAAAAUACAAAUUCCUAUUGCAGCCGCAAGUUUCAAAUUGGUCUCCAAGUGAGGUGGUGGGCAAAGCCCACAUUGAUUCAUUUAGAAGAGGGAGGCGCUAUUUGUUCCUUCCUUUCACUCUCCUUGUUUUUGUAAAAGAGGAAAAAGAAGAAAAAGCCCACAAUGUUUUUAAGAGCUCUGAAUAAAACUGCUUUGCCAAUGGGGAAGCGGGAAGGGAUGACUUGUGGUUUUUCUUGUGCCCGGCAGCAAAAGGGUUAAUGCCUGCUUUCCUCUUUGAUAUCCAUUAGUUUGGAGCCCAUGUUGUGAUUGGUCCAUGUCCAUGUGUGUUUUGUUCCUGAACUUUAUGACUUUGAUUAAAGGAGCAAUCCAAAGCGCGCCUGACUAAGGGUGGACAUUUCCCAUUUCUCUAGGUCACCCAACCUGCUUGCAGUUCACAGCAAACAUGACUGAGGCUGUCAAAACCUACCAGUGGCAAUGCAUUGAGUGCAAAUCCUGCAGCCUCUGUGGGACGUCUGAGAAUGAUGUAAGUUCAUCUUCAUUAC